CGAGGUGGGGCAGACGGAGUGACGGCCAUCAACACAGUGUCUGGGCUGAUGAAUGUGCGUGGCAAUGACACGGCAUGGCCCGCAGUAGGCGAUGAGGGGCGCACCACUUACGGCGGAAUGUCAGGCAAUGCCAUCAGACCCAUGGCACUGAGGUAG